AUGUUGUGUGCCUUUCCACUAGCAGUAGAGACUGGGAUUUAACUGCCAGAGCGUCUCCUCCCUGUGACCCUCUUUGGGUAGCUCUGUUACGAUCUGGAUUACCGAAAUGUCUUACGCCUAUCUCUUCAAAUAUAUAAUUAUCGGCGACACAGGUGUAGGAAAAUCCUGUCUUCUGCUGCAGUUUACAGAUAAGAGGUUUCAGCCAGUUCAUGACCUUACCAUUGGAGUUGAAUUUGGAGCACGUAUGAUUAAUAUUGAGGGGAAGCCAAUCAAACUACAAAUAUGGGACACGGCUGGACAGGAAUCAUUCCGUUCUAUCACACGGUCAUAUUAUCGAGGUGCUGCUGGUGCUCUUCUAGUGUAUGACAUCACCAGGCGGGAGACAUUUAAUCACCUGACUUCAUGGCUGGAAGAUGCUCGGCAGCAUUCAAGUUCCAAUAUGGUCAUUAUACUUAUUGGGAACAAAAGUGAUUUGGGGUCCCGUAGAAAUGUUUCAAAAGAAGAGGGAGAAGCUUUUGCUCGUGAACAUGGACUUAUUUUCAUGGAAACGUCAGCCAAGACUGCAGCCAAUGUUGAAGAGGCCUUCAUUGACACAGCCAAAGAAAUAUAUAAGAAGAUACAGCAGGGACUUUUUGACGUAAAUAAUGAGGCAAAUGGUAUAAAGAUUGGGCCCCAACAGUCAAUAAAUGAACCUGUAGUGGGUGGAAUACGACAAAACAUGGCAGAAAGUGGAAAAGAUACAGGGUGCUGUUGAAAUGGAUACUAUGGUGAAGAUAGGCAACAUCAAUGGUCCAUUUCCAAGUCCACUACAUCUCUUCACGCAUCUCUUUUGUCUCUUGUUGCACUCUUUUUGCUCUUUGAUAUCCUUCUCUUCCAGCUGACCUGCUCUUCUCAUUGUACACUGAAAACGGCUAAAUAUCACUACAAACACAACUAAAUAAGCAAGUGACCACAAUUAUUUUCUUAUCCAGGAUCAAUUUGACAACAGUUAUUGAGUUCAGUGGAAUUUUUUGUGCAGUCACCCUCGGAUGAUAUACACCAGAUAAGACUGAUAAAUCAAGAGGACAGCUAUAAAGCUAUCUAUUUAUUUAACUUUUAUAUUUAUCUGCAAAAGCAUAUAAUUUUUUGUUUUAUCUUUUUUUAAUUAAAUUUUUUAUUAUGUUAAGUAAAUUAUUUCUUUUUUUCAUGAUUUUAAAAUUGCCUUUAAUUUAUUUUAACAUUUUUUUUAAUUUGUAUAUAUAGAGAGUGCCAUGACACAUAUAUUUUUUUAUAAGUUGUUAGGUACCUUUUUUUUGUUUCCAAUUUUAACGUGUUAAUAAAAAUUCUCCAUCUUA